AUGGCGGACCUUCCGACAUACGACGGGGCGAUCGGUAUCGAUCUUGGCACCACCUACUCUUGUGUUGCCAACUACGAGGGCACCAAUGUCGAAAUCAUCGCCAACGACCAGGGUAGCUACACCACCCCCUCUUUCGUUUCUUUCACCGACAAGGAGCGUUUGAUCGGUGAGGCCGCCAAGAACCAGGCUGCUAUGAACCCGAAGAACACCAUUUUCGAUAUCAAGCGUCUGAUUGGUCGCCGUUUUGACGACCCUAUCGUGAAGAAGGAUGUUGAGUCCUGGCCUUUCAAGGUCGUUGACCAGGGUACCAGCCCGGCCGUCGAGGUUGAGUACCUCAACGAGACUAAGACCUUCACUCCCCAGGAGAUUUCCUCCAUGGUCCUGAUGAAGAUGAAAGAAGUUGCAGAGACCAAGCUCGGAAAGAAGGUUGAGAAGGCCGUCAUUACCGUGCCUGCUUACUUCAACGACAACCAGCGUCAGGCUACCAAGGACGCCGGCGCUAUUGCUGGUCUGAAUGUCCUUCGUAUCAUCAACGAGCCCACUGCUGCCGCUAUUGCCUACGGUCUUGGCUCCGGCAAGUCUGACAAGGAGCGUAACGUCCUUAUCUAUGAUUUGGGUGGUGGUACUUUCGAUGUUUCUCUGCUGAACAUCCAGGGUGGUGUCUUCACUGUCAAGGCUACUGCCGGUGAUACCCACCUUGGUGGUCAGGACUUCGAUACCAACCUCCUCGACUUCUUCAAGAAGGAGUUCCAGCGCAAGACCAGCAAGGAUCUGUCUGGUGAUGCCCGUGCCCUUCGUCGUCUGCGUACCGCUUGCGAACGUGCUAAGCGUACCCUUUCCAACGCCACCCAGACUACCGUUGAGAUUGACUCUCUUUUCGAUGGUGAGGACUUCAACUCCUCCAUCACUCGUGCUCGUUUCGAGGACCUGAACGCCAAGGCUUUCUCUGGAACUCUUGACCCAGUUCAGCAGGUCCUGAAGGACUCUGGUAUUGAAAAGAGCAAGGUCGAUGAGAUCGUCCUUGUUGGUGGUUCCACUCGUAUCCCCCGUAUUCAGAAGCUUCUGAGUGACUUCUUCGAUGGCAAGAAGCUCGAGAAGAGCAUCAACCCCGAUGAGGCUGUUGCCUACGGUGCUGCUGUCCAGGCCGGUAUCCUCUCCGGCAAGGCCACCUCUGCUGAGACCCAGGACCUCCUGCUUCUGGAUGUCGUUCCCCUCUCUCUCGGUGUUGCCAUGGAGGGCAACAUCUUUGCUCCCGUCGUUCCCAGCACCGUCCAGUUCCCCGUCUAUCAGGGUGAGCGUACUAACUGUGCCGACAACACCUCUCUGGGAGAGUUCACUCUGGCUCCCCUUCCCCCCAUGCGUGCCGGUGAGGCCGCCCUUGAGACUGUUUUCGAGGUCGACGUCAACGGUAUCUUGAAGGUUACUGCCACCGAGAAGUCUUCCGGCCGCACUGCCAACAUUACCAUCUCCAACGCUGUUGGCAAGCUUUCCAGCCAUGAGAUUGACCAGAUGAUUGAUGAUGCCGCCAAGUUCAAGUCCAGCGAUGAGGCUUUCACCAAGAAGUUCGAGUCUCGCCAGCAGCUUGAGUCCUACAUCUCCCGUGUCGAGGAGAUUGUCUCUGACCCUGGCAUGUCCAUGAAGUUGAAGCGUGGCAACAAGGAGAAGAUCGAAUCUGCCCUGAGCGACGCUAUGGCCCAACUCGAGAUUGAGGACUCCACCCCUGAGGACCUCAAGAAGAAGGAGCUGGCUCUGAAGCGUCUUAUCACCAAGGCCAUGGCCACCCGCUAA